AGGCCUGAGCGCUGAUGGGUGAACAGACUCGUGCGUCUCACUGGGGCCACAGGCGGCGCACGGCCCUGCACCGAGCUGCGAUGGUGGGGAACAGUGAGACCAUGUCUGCCCUGAUCCAGGGGGGCUGUGCUGUGGACCUGCAGGACAGAGAUGGUAACACGGCUCUACAUGAAGCGUCCUGGCACGGCUUCUCUCUGUGCGUCAAACUGUUGGUGAAAGCAGGAGCGGACGUCGAUGUUAGAAACAAGGCGGGAAACAUUCCUCUUCACUUGGCUUCUCUAAACUCACAUGUUCCGUCCUUGCGCCUCCUGCUGCUCGGAGGCUCGAGCAUUGACGCAAAGAACAAUACGGGAGAGACGUGUUUGCACAUGGCCGCUCGCUACGACAACAGAGACGUGGUCAAACUCCUCGUCAGCUCUCAGUGCUCUUUGACCGAGAAGAAUGAGAGAGGAGACACCGCGCUCCACGUCGCUGCUGCUCUGAACCAUAAGAAAACCGUCCAGCUCCUGUUAGAGGCCGGAAUCGACGCGAACCUCAGAAACAACGCAGGUAGAACGGCUCUGGACAAAGCCAGAGAGAACAACCACAGAGAGUUGGCUGUGCUUCUGGCCCGAGCUCCUCAGGUGCGCUGUUUUCUAAGAGGAAGGACUGUGAAAAAACAAAGAGAAAGACAAAGGAGCCAGUCUGCGUGUCGAGUGGAGGCUGAAGUAAAUCAAACGCUGGCGGAGCAGGGCAGCAGUUCGGCCACAGAGGACGUCCCGAGUGUCGAACCACAGGGACAAUCAAAGAGCUUUAAAACUCACCGACUUUACCCCGAGCGCGCCACCAAUCCCGUCUCCCACGGCAACCGCACGACCCGGGAACAGGAAGACAAGGUCAAGAUUCGGGUUGAGAAAAAUGUGAAGAAUCGUGACAGAAAACAUCAUUUGUUUGACGACGCUGAUGAUGCACAUCUCCAGUUUGGAAAGUCGUACCAACUUUACACCUUAUACAGAGACAAGGACGGCAACGUGAGACAGUUGCCUGCUAAUGGCUGUCACUGUAAGCCGCUGUUUAAGAAACUGGAGAAUGAGCUGAAGUCGACUCAGGAAGAGAUGAGGCUCCAGAUCCUAAACGUCCAGGAAGAAAUAAACAGCAGAAUCGGACAAAUGGACCGACGCAACAGAGAACAGAUUAAAGUGGUGGAUCUGAUGAACACGGCCCGAGCGGCGGCAGAAAGACGACACCUGAUGUUCAAGAUGGAAGAGCAGGCGGCGCUGGGACGAGAGGAGGCACGAAUCACACAGGCGUGUGUGCGGGGCGAGCUGCAGAGCUGGUGCGUGUCUCAGCUCAAAAACAAUGACACUCCCACCACACCCACCAGCGCCCCCUACUGUAAGCUCCUGCACUCCCCCCCGGCGGGACAGUCCUCCGGGGAGUCCGAGCUGGAGUCCCUCCCUCUCCUGUCCGUCCUCUCCAGAGACAGCAGCACCUCUCUGGCCACGUACGUCAACAUCGCCCCCUCCUGGUCGUCGUGCAGUUUGGGCUCAGAGCAGGAGACGAGCAGCAGGAAGUACUUUGAAAUGAAGGUGGACCGGUCUCCAGGGACGAACAGAGACAAAGCCACGAUGCACAGCGUUUUAGACGACUAUGAGAACGCCGCUCUGUUUCCUCUCCCCGGCUCUAAUGGGCGGCUGAGUCCUGCUGCCACCUCCAGGCGGCCUGUGGAAGUGCAGGACACUGAGUCCUCGGGCCUGUGGUCUGUGAGGGGGGAGGGCUUUGGGAGCAGCAGCAGCGUGUCCUGUGACUGCGCUCCCAGAUGGGUCCCACCGAAGGGGCGCUCACAGGAGCCCAGACGACAGGAGCUGGUGAGGGUGGGACACGAGCAGGACACGACCAUCGAGAUUUACAUGGACCACCCCCCGACCGAGCCCACGUUCACCCAGGAGAGGAGCAACCUGCACGCUGUCGAGGUGACGCAGCGUUUCUUCGAGACCGUGUCCUCGCAGCUGGAGCUCUGGUACGAGAGGAAGAUUCUGGAGGUGGAGAGGCAGACGGAGGUGCAGGCGCAGAGGGACAAACAGGAACUACUGCAGCGAAUCAGCACUCUGGAGGCGGAGCUUAAGAUCCUCAGGGCCAAUGAGAGCACAGACGAUACGACACAGGAGCGCGGCCCUGAACUUCAAGACUGA